AUGAUGUUUCUCCUCGCAAAAGAGUUGAUUGAACAUGGGAACGGUACAGUAGAUGCACUUUUUUUGGUAGAACUAGUAGAUCGCACUGUGAGACGGGCCGUACAGGCAGCCGUAGGAUACAGUGCGAAUUUUCUCGUGUCCUCUCACACCCAAACCUGGAAUCCCUUGUCGUCUUCUCGAAUUCCUGUGAAACAAGCCAGCGCCAGCGCCAGCGCUCAAGCCAAUGAUAUGGUGAAGAAGGGGAAAGCCAAGGCCGAGCAGGUUCCGUCUGGUCCGUCUGUGCCUGCAAAGGAUGGCAGUAAGGGGAAAAAGGGCCAGAAGGCAGAGCCGCUGACCACUCCGGUGGAAAAGGCAACGGCAGUCCCUCCGAAGCCGACAGUCAAGCAGAUCAUCGGUGGCUCAUCCUGGACCGGGAAGCUUCCGGUUAACCUCCUGAGCGAAUACUGCCAGAAGCAGCGAUGGGAGAGACCCGAAUACGACACCCGGAAGACCCCCGAGGGCUUUUCGGUCUGGGUCACGCUCAGCGCCAAAGACGUCAAGACGCAGCAGAUGAUCAAGCUGGAGCCUUUCAAAAUCACACCAACUCAUAAGCAUCUCCUGCUGCGGGAUACCGCCCUCGAGGCCAAGCAUGCGGCGGCCACGUACGGUCUGUUCCGCGUCUGCAGCAUGCAAAACAAGCACAUGGUGCUUCCGCCGGAUCACAAGUCGCUCUGGAAAGAAUUUCAAGCCUUGAAGGUGCAGGACGUCAAGGAGGGAAAGACAUGGAUGUACGAUGCGGACCCAUUCAAGGCUCUGCUGGAGCGACAGGAAGCUAAAGCCGCGGCGGACAAGAAGAGAAAGGAGGCAGAAGCUGCCAAAGCCAAGGCAAAGGAGAUGCCCGGCUCGUCUGGGCUAAUGCUACUUAGCGGAAACGCCGGCGAAGGAUCAAACCCCAUGAAGGGAUGGACGACGGCACCCAAGGUGGAGAUGGGCAGGCAGACAAGAGUUCAACUCGAGGCGCUGCUGCGGCAGGGCAUCACCUGGAACCCGCACGGCAUCCGCAUGUCCCGGAGCCGGCAGGACUCCGUCGUUGCCGACCUCAGCAAGAUAGGAUUCCGAAAAAGCCACGUGGAAGAGGCGGUGGAGUACUGCAAGGACCGUGAAGAGACGCUCGAGUGGCUCUUGAUCCACGUGCCCGAGGAUGACCUUCCGCGCUGGGCUCUUCCCGAGAGCUACUCGGCCGGCAUCUCUGUCGGGUCGACAAAUUUGAGGCGAGAGGGCAUCAUCAAAUCUCUCUCCGAGCCGGGGUACUCUCUAGAACUUUGCACGCGCAUUUUCGACGACAACGACGGCGACGAGGGCAGGGCUGCCGAGGCACUCCAGAACAUCCUCGUUUCUGGAUCUGUGGCGGAUGAAGCUACCGACGACACGGAGGACUUCCUCGACCUGGGGUCUCCCGAGGAGCAAUGGGACGAGGAGGUGGGAAGCCUCGAGGCCAUGUACUGUGAAAAUUUCCGUCGCGAGAGUGAGCAGGUGAUCCAGAUACGCAUCGAGGGAGUCAAGAAUGCACAGAAUGCACAGAAUGCGCAGAAGGGCGAAGUGGAAGCAUUCCUGCAGAUUCGAAGACCGUCCAGCUACCCAAAGAACUUGCUGCUAGCCAUCAUCGCCAAGCUGCCGUCGUACAUCAAGCUGAGCAUCGUCAAGAGGGCCUUGGCCUACAUGCAGGAGUCGCUUCAGGAUGAACCGAUGAAAAUAUACCUCGUCAUGGAGUGGAUUCAGCAACACAUCAACGACAUCAUCAACAAGCCUGGAAAACUGGUGGAUAUAUCGGCCGUUUCAUCAGCCGCCUCGGAGAGUCACCCUGCGCCAUGCACGACCAGCCGACGACCGCGGAAGGCGGCUAGGUUUAUCCAAUGGAUCCCCGACCCCCAAAGCAGGGAGAGGUGGCGACGACGGCAGGAGAAUUCAUUGUUGAAAGAGAUGCUGUCGAAGCGCCAGAAGCUGCCUGCCUGGCAGAUGCGCGAGCAGAUUGUCGAGACGGUGGACCAAAACGAUGUGGCCAUCAUCAGCGGAGAGACGGGCUCCGGAAAGUCAACGCAGUCGGUGCAGUUCAUACUUGACGAUCUGUACGCCAACAGCCUCGGGUCUUGCGCCAACAUCAUCGUGACGCAACCGCGCAGGAUAUCGGCACUGGGGUUGGCGGACCGCGUGGCCGAGGAGCGGUGCUCACGGGUGGGCGAAGAGGUGGGAUAUGCCAUUCGCGGAGAGUCUCGGCAGUCGAGGGACACGAAGAUCACGUUCGUGACGACCGGUGUUCUGCUGCGACGGCUUCAGACGGCCGGCGGCCGCGUCGACGACGUCGUCGCUUCCUUGGCCGACGUCAGCCACGUGGUCAUCGACGAAGUGCACGAGAGGAGUCUCGACACCGACUUUCUGCUGAACCUGAUGCGCGAAGUGUUGAGGGCGAAAAAGGGCAUGUUGAAGCUGAUUCUCAUGUCGGCCACGCUCGAUGCCGCCACCUUCAAGAACUACUUCGCGUCCGAGGGCCUGCGCGUCGGCACCGUUGAGAUUUCCGGCCGGACGUUCCCGGUCGAGAAGUACUACCUCGACGACGUCAUUCGAAUGACGGGGUUCAACGCCGAGGCAAACGACAAGGGGUUCAUCGGGGACGAGACGAUGGGCAAGAUCAUCCAGAAGCUGGGCCACCGGAUACACUACCACCUCCUCGCCGAGGCCGUCAAGGCCAUCGACUACGAGUUGUCGUACGAAAAGAAGGCUGGCGGGAUCCUCAUUUUCCUCCCAGGCGUGGGCGAGAUUCAUCACGCCUGCCACCUGCUGCGGGCCGUCGAUUCCCUCCACGUCCUGCCUCUCCACGCAUCGCUCGAAACGCGCGAGCAGAAGAAGGUGUUUUCCAGGGCACCGGCGGGCAAGCGAAAGGUGGUGGUGGCGACCAACGUGGCGGAGACGUCCAUCACCAUCGACGACAUCGUCGCCGUCAUCGACAGCGGCAAGGUGAAGGAGACGAGCUUCGACCCGCAGACGAACAUGAGGAAGCUCGCCGAAUCGUUCGCGUCGCGAGCCGCGUGCAAGCAGAGGCAGGGCCGCGCGGGUCGCGUGCAGGAGGGCCGAUGCUACAAGCUCUACACGCAAGCGCUGGAAGCGCAGAUGGCGGAGCGACCCGAGCCCGAGAUCCGGCGGGUGCCGCUGGAGCAGCUCUGCCUCACGGUCCGGGCGAUGGGCAUGCGCGACGUCGGCCAGUUCCUGGGCCGAUCGCCGACGCCGCCGGAAGCGCUCGCGGUCGAAGGCGCCAUCAAGCUGCUGCAAAGGAUGGGUGCGCUGGACGGGGACGAGCUGACGGCCAUGGGCCAGCAGCUGGCCAUGCUGCCGGCAGAUCUGAGGUGCGGCAAGCUGAUGGUGUUCGGGUCCAUCUUCGGAUGCCUCGACGAGUGCGUGACCAUCGCCGCCAUCCUGAGCACGAAGAGCCCGUUCGUGUCGCCGCAGGAGAAGAGGGAGGAGGCGCGGGAGGCGCGCAUGAAGUUUGUCAACGGUGACGGCGACCUCAUCACCGACCUCGACGCCUUCCAGCAGUGGGACGGGAUGAUGAGAGACGGGACGCCUCAGCGGCAGGUGAGGUCGUUUUGCGACGAAAACUUCCUGUCCUUCCCGACGCUCUCGGACAUUUCGAACACUCGGUCGCAGUACUACACGGCCCUGACCGAGGCCGGCAUCGUGCUGCCGUCGCAGGCGACGAAGCACUCGGACGGCGCGGCGGGCGGCUGGAACGCGCGCCUGCUGCGGGCGCUCAUCGCCUCCGCCUUCACGCCCCAGAUCGCGCGAAUCCAGUACCCGGACAAGAAGUACGCGAGCUCGAUGUCGGGCGCGGUGGAGCUGGACCCCGAGGCGCGCCUGAUCAAGUACUUCAACCAGGAGAACGGGCGCGUGUUUGUGCACCCGAGCAGCACGCUCUUUGGCAACCAGGGGUUCUCGGGGGGCGCCGCGUACAUGUCGUACUUUAACAUCAUCUCGACGAGCAAGAUCUUCAUCCGCGACCUCACACCCUUCAACGCCUACACGCUGCUGCUGUUCGCGGGACCGACGGAGCUGGACACUCUCGGCCGCGGCCUGCUCGUCGACGGCUGGAUUCGACUUCGAGGGUGGGCUCGCAUAGGCGUCUUGGUGGCGCGGCUGCGGGGGAUGGUGGACCAUGUGAUUGCGAAGAAGGUUGAGAAUCCGGGACUCGACGUUGGCUCGGACAAGGUGAUUGAGAUGGUGAAGAAGCUGAUUGACUUGAACGGCUUGGAUGCCAUGGGAAUGAUGCAAGAAGAGCAAGAGCAGGAGGGGGGGUACACGAAGGAUACCUGGGACACGAAGGAUACCUGGGACGCGUUGGACGCUUCGUUGAUUGCCUGUCCGGACGGCCACUACAUCUCAGCUUCCACGUUGGUGGUGUUUUACGGAAUCGGGACCACCCUCGGCAUGAUGGAACGUACAGGCACGGAGUACGCAAGAAGUUGCCCUUGCCCCUCUCCUUCUUACAUCGACAGCCUCAUCCCUCUCCUUCCUGCAUCGACAGCCUCAUCCCUCUCCUUCCUACAUCGACAACGAGCCUGCAAGCAGACGACGCAUGCCGUGCUCGACAUCCGGCCCGAUCAUGAUCCCAUGGCCGAUUCGGACCCAGACGAAGCCGUGGAAAAGAAGGAGCCGAGCAAGGAGGGCCAAAGGAAGGAUCGAAAUGCCUUCACCGAGCUCAUGAAAGGUGCCUCUGCGUCGGCAGCCUCGGGAGCACCAGGAGCACCGGGAACACGUGGAGCGACAGUUUCAAGCCGCAGUGUCCACCAGUUCAAGGACCGCAUGGGCCUCGGUGCCUACCUCGGCGACCCCGGCUCGCUGCCGGCCUCGGUCGUCAUCUACCACAACGACGACUUCGUCGCCAUCCGUGACAAGUUUCCCAAGGCGACGGUGCACGCUCUGAUCCUCCCACGCUCCUCGCAGAUGUCGAUGCGGCACCCCUUCGACGCCCUCGCCGACGAAGUCUUCCUCGGCCGCGUGCGGCGGGAAGCGGUGAGGCUCGGCGCCCUCGUCGCCAGCGAGCUGCAGCGUCGCCUCGGUCCCGACAGCCGUGCCGACGAACCUCGCCAGGCCGUCCUCCGCGGCGACGCCGAACCUCCCCUGCCGCCGGGCCGCGACUGGGGGGCCGACGUCCGAUGCGGCGUCCACGCAGUGCCCAGCAUGCGUCACCUGCACGUCCACGUCCUGUCGCGCGACAUGCACUCGCCCGCACUGCGCCACCGAAACCAUUACAACUCGUUCAACACGCCCUUCUUCGUCGACCUCGCCGACUUCCCGCUGGCCGAGGACGACCCGCGUAGGGAUCCUCAGCGCAUGGCCUAUCUGCGCCGAGACCUCUGCUGCUGGCGCUGUGGGAGAAACUUUGGCAACCAGUUUAAGCGGCUGACGGAACAUCUCGAGGAAGAGUACAACGCUUGGAGGCGGGAGUGA